GGACGACAUCGGCGAUGGAAAAGGCAGCAGAGACGGUGCUCCCUAUGGGCCUGGUCGAGCUGCGGCAAAGCCAGAGCGAUAUACAAGUGUGGACGGGCAGAGUGUCUAUGGACGACUCGGCGGAGAUCGUCGUCAAGCAACUUGCCGAGCUGGACCUCUAUGUGUCUCCGUUGAACGGUACCACCCGCGGCGGGGAGCGGUUCAUCUUCCAUUCCAACAUACUAUCUCGUGCCCUCACCAGCGCGAUUGAGCGGAGUGACCUGUUGGAGAAAAUAGGGCUCACCGCAGGGCCUACGUGUCCAGCCGGUUCGUUUCGCUUCGUCAACUAUGUGUUCCGCUGCAACAGAUUCAAACCACAAACAGACAAGUUCUCGCAGCACAGAGACACUCCGUACUACGACGCUGCGCGAAGCCAGAUAUCGAAAUACACGGUGCUUGUCUACCUGGCAUCCGGCACAAGCCGGGGCAGCCAGCAAGACAGCGAUGCCGCAGACGCAAUCGACAAGCCUGCUCUACUCAUCAAGGCUGGAUCAGCAGACAAGAACCAUGGCAAUAACAUCUGCUUCUACGACAUCCAGCCCAUGCAGUUCGUCAUCUUUGACCAGCGACUCGAGCACGAAGGUCACCCGUUCAUCGACACGGACAAGGUCUUCCUCCGGACGGAGCUCAUCUUUGAGGACAAGCGGCUUCAUUCUUCGGAGCCCAUGAGCUCGAGAUAUCAUAACGAGGCUGUCGCUGGCCUCUUCAGCCAGGCGUGCUACAUGACCGGUCAUGGCGUGUUCGACGCAGAGCUUGCGGCCCACGCGCACACUUGCUAUGAGAAGGCCAACGCGAUGCACUGGGGACUGUCUACAUCUUCCUCCACGGGCAGCUUGGACCAGUCUGGUGAGAACAUGGUGUACCUGCUCAAAGAGUUCGCGGGAACACGGUUCCUGACAAACGGGUACAACUACUGGUUCUCCACCACCGCACCACCGAACAGUCGGUCAUCUUCAAAAACAACGAAGGACGACACCGACGAAACGGGCCAUAUCAAGGACUGUGCAACGGUUGCGGUGCUGGACUACUUGAACUGUCGUGUUGGCGGUGGGAAGACGUUUAGAUCGUUGUUGCAAACGGAGACGGUGCGUGGUAAGGUUGUCUGCGACGCGGACGUCAUACGGAUCUUGUCCACGACGCCUGUACCGAACCAGGAAAUAGCGGCAGAGACGCAUAAACAAGAUGCGGCGGGAGGGGGCAUGCUUCGCCGACUAAAUUCCUCCAACGUCGACACACUGUUCCAGGAGGACACAGGAAAGCCAUUUAUCAAGCGCCGGCUGUCCUGGAAACAGGACGAGGAUGAUGAGGAUGACGAGGAAGAAGAUCGCCCAUCGUGCUGUCCUUUUCACGACUACGAGAACUUUGACGCACGAGAUAGUAUCGAGGUCUCGAGCAUCUACGAGGCCUGCUGCGCAUAUACGCGGCGCAGAAUCCUCAGCUCGCCAAUCACGUUCCUUGGCGAGGAGGAGGAACUCGUGGUGAAUCAUGACAACAUCCUCGUGCAGGGGGACAAGGUUUACAUCUUGAGGGCAGAGAAGGAGGGAGAUGGUCACCAAGAUGGGCUGGACGAGAGGAGGAUUAACUUUGCGGCAUGCUGGACAAGUCUUCCAUCGCCUGUGGCGUUCAUCGGACUCGGAGGAGAAGUCAGGGCGCCCCGACUACUGCUUCCGCCACUCCAGUUCCAGAGGAUUAUGCCAGAAGAUUCCAGGGCAAGCGAAUCUUACGACAAUGGAAGCAGUGGCCCUGGCUAUUACCAUUUUACGCUGGACUUGUUUCGGAACGACUGGGUCCUGAGCGUUGAUGACGAGGCAAAGAUACCUGUACCAGUCAUCACGAACGACCUUGACGAGGAGAACCUGGUGGAAGGGGAUGAAUCUAAGUUCCUACAGCAAACACCGGGGUACGACUUCGACUUCCAGCAUGGCUUAACGAUCCACAGCCAUGACCGUGCGGACUCUACAACGGACGACAGAAACGCAGGCACGCGGCGCAGUAUGAGGCUCAAGGCUUCAGUCAUUGGAGGUGAAGCUUAUGCAAGAGGUCAUGAAGGCGGUCACAGGAUGCGGGAGACUGAUAUCGAUGACCUGGCAGAGGUAGCUGACGAAGACUGGGCCACGGAGUCGGAGGCCUUGGAAACAGAUGACGAGGAUGAUAGUGGCGUGGACCAGCCUAUACGAAGACGACACCCGAGCAGAAGUGCAGCAUUUAUAGAUGUCGAGGCUGAAGUACUCUCGGAUGGCGAUUUAGUUGACGACGAUUUGGAUGAACCGGCGGAUAAAUCUGAAGGCUAUGACGAUGUAGACGAGCCUCGAAAGAGGAGGAGGUUUUGAGGUCUCUUGAAAGCAAUACCCAAAGUCCCUUGAUGGGCACAUCCCAUCUGUAGUGCAGGACCUUCUACGCUCACAGGUUUCCAUCAAGCAAGUCUAAGCUUCAAACAACUAUUGUCCUGGAAUUGGUCGAUCCAGCAGGGUGGCUUGCUGGACUCCGUCAUUGGAUCUGUAGUGCAUAGUGCCUGAAGUGUGAUACAUGGAGAGUUGCGCAAGCCGCAC